AUGGGCGGCUACAUUCGAAAAUGGACGUUUGUCUUUUGCAUCUUUAGUUACGGUGCAUAUUCCACUUUCGGUAUCAAUUGCGAUGUUUCAAACUUUGCAGUACAGUCAAACUUUGACCCAUCCAAGUAUGUUGGUGUUUGGUACGAGAUAAAGUGGUUUUCAAAAACACCUUUGCCAAAGAACAAGGAAUGGCAAGAUGUGACUCACACAUAUUCCAUUGUGAAAGGCAACAAUAUAAGUGUUGUAACAACAUACAGAGAUCCUCAGAGGUUGGGAACCUGUUCCACGUUCCAGUCAACAUUGAUUCCUACUGGUAGACCUGGAAAGCUACUAUUUGAUGAACAAAAGACAGACGAGAUUGUGAACUACUGGGUGAUGAAUACCGAUUAUGUGAAUUAUGCCUUAAUCUAUGGAUUUAAGGAUGAAAACACGAAUGGAACUGCAAAGGCAGCCAAGUCAUGGGUUUGGAGCAGAAAACCAACUUUAGCGAAAUCCUUUUUACAAAAUAUCAACACUCAGCUGCAAAACCUGUGCUUGAACGAGACUAUGGGUCAUAUUACUGUGCAAAACAAAGUCUGUUCAUGGUCUUGGGGCCUGGAUGAAAUAGCAAUUCAGGAAGAUAUUCAAAUAGCCCGUCAUGGUGGAUCCUGCAAAUUAAUAGGAAUGACUGACUUAGGAGUUGAGGAAAAAUUCAUCGAUGCCUAUGACUGGGAUAAAAAGCAUGGUCUCUCCAUCCAUCAAAAAUUUACAUCUCAACAUCUACGUCCAAACCAAGCAGACAAAAUGAGAAAUCAUCUUGCCGAGGACAUUAUUGAAAACAUCUUUUCUCAGCAAAGAGGACUUCAUCAUGGUGCCGGUAGCUGCAGAACGUUUGCAGAGGGAGGAGGAGAGGGCAGCAACACGUGGGGAGCCUCGACCUGCCACAAAGAGGAAGUGAAGGGGGCUACAGAAAAGGAUAGUUCUUCUCAAAAAACAGUAUAA